ACAUCCAGUCCCGGCCUCCUCCGCCCCCGCACUCAGUCCAGAGGGGCCUCUGCUUUUCCACCACCGCUUUCUAGUCCUUUAAAUCCUAAAGGCAAACUUUUGGGGGAUAAGGAAGGCUGGGAGGGGCCUGCACCUUAACCCUCUCUGCCCCUGACAGACUGAGCUGGACGGGGCUGUGAGUCUGCGUUGGUGUGGGCUCCUACCAUGGCCCCCGAGAGGGGCUGACACUUCAGUUCCCGGUGCAGGUGAGAUCCCGCCCGGAGGAAGAAGGAAGAAGGUGCAGGCCUGGGACUAGGAGGCGGAGGCGUCUCCACACCGAGGAGAGGGGCGUCCCAGCCAGAGUGGGAGCCGGAGCCAGAGAGCGUGCCUGACCCGCUUGGCGAGGACCGCGAGAUGCCGGUGCUGAAGCAGCUGGGCCCCGUGCAACCCAAGAAGCGGCCAGAGCGCGGCGCCCUGUCCAUCUCCGCGCCGCUUGGCGACUUCCGGCACACGCUGCAUGUGGGGCGCGGCGGCGACGCCUUCGGGGACACGUCGUUCCUGAGCCGCCACGGCGGAGGGCCGCCCCCCGAGCCCCGGGCGCCGCCCGCAGAGGCCCCGCGCUGCGCGCCACCGCCCGCCGUGCCGCAGCCCCCGCCGCCCGCCCUGCGCGCGCCCGCGCCCGCCGACCCGCUGCUGUCCUUCCACCUGGAUUUGGGCCCCUCCAUGCUGGACGCCGUGCUGGGCGUCAUGGACGCGGAACGCCCAGGGGCCGCGGCCGCCAAGCCCGACGCGGACCCCGGCUCCGGGGCGCAGCACCCCAGGGCCCGCUGCAGCCCUGGCGAGGACCUCGCGCUGGACGACGUCAUUGGCCUGUAGGCACCCCGGUUCCCCGCGCCUCUACAGUCCGACACCCCACUUCUUUAUACAUAAACGGCCAAGGUCUGUGCCUCA